AAUUCUCAAAGAUAAUAAAUCGAUGACUUCAGUUUGCAUCAAAUUAGCAAAGUAGAUCAGUCCAUAGGUAACCAAAUUCCGGAAAGUAGAGACAACGUCAUUUCCUUAGUAACAGAUGGCGUAGGUGACAAAAAGUGUCCUCAUAAUAUUGUCGCAUAGCAUAAUGGUGUCAUAUACACUGGAGUUUGGCAGAAUAACACAUACAUGCAAAUGAAUAAAUUAUUGCAGAUUUCUCUCAAUCUAGAGCUUGCUAUUAAAGGAAAGCUCUUAAAGUUGCAAGUCUAUAAAUCAAAACAAAUUUACCUGUAAAGGUUUAAGAUCUUGAAUGUUUGUGAACCAAAGACAUCUAGUCCAUCUGCAUGGACCGAGAGUCCUAUUUUCAGACUUUCAUUGUAACGGUGAAUCCAUCCUCAUCUCUCAAGAAUAUCGCAACUCCAACUUGAUAGAGCCAGUCCCAAAGGUCCGUGCUGACAGCACCCAACCUUGCCAGAACACAACUUACAUGGUGUUUUUUAUGCCCUUCUGGGUUGAAUCGAAAAGAUGAAGUUAAUAUGCUUACAGACGGCAAUUGGGAUACAUUAUAUAAUAAGUUUCUGGAGGAUUUCAGAACCCAACACUCAGUUACAUACCAAGACUGUAGCGUGCCAGCAUAGAGCGAUAUCUCGUGAGUAUCUCACCAAUGCGAUUGCAACGCAUGUAUGUGGGAAGGCCUCUCGACAACCUGCAGAUGGUCAUGGGUUUUUUCCUGGUUUUAAGGCCUGUCAGCAACCUACAGAUGGCAGUGGGUUUUUCACCCAGGCUCUGCCCUGUUCUCUCCCAUCAUAAUGCUGGUCAAUGUCCUAUAAGUGAAAUAUUCUUGAGCCCUGCGUAAUCACCAAGGCGGCAGAUAAAUAAAUCAUUGGUGGGUUAAGUUGAAAAGUUAUCAUGGUGAUAACAGUUACCAUAGAUAACUAACACUGGAGAGGAGUAACGAAGGAAUAACCAAGAUGGCUGCGGGAUGGGGUAGGAGGCAAACUGUAACAGUCAUAAACCAAGAUGGCUGCGGGAUGAGAUAGGAGGCAAACUGUAACUGGCACAAACCAAGAUGGCAGCUGGAUGGGGUAGGAGGCAAACUGUAACUGUCAUAAACCAACAUGGCAGCUGGAUGGGAUAGGAGGCAAACUGUAACUGGCACAAACCAAGAUGGCAGCGGGAUGGGGUAAUUUUUAUCACAAAGGAAAUGUGCGAGAAGAAGAAUUGAAAAAAAGUUGUGAAAUUCUUGGAAUUCCUGGAAACAACUGUUUUGUUGUCAAAAACAGCUCUCUACAGGAUGACCCAACUAUAAUAUGGGACAAGAAACUGUGUGGGAAAGUUAUUCUAGAUUAUAUUCAUGAGAUCAAACCUGACACAAUCUUGACCUUUGACAGUUAUGGUGUAAGUGGCCACAAGAAUCACAGAAGUCUAUACUUUGCUCUUCAGUAUUUGAUAUCAGAUGGAAGACUGCCUGAAGGUGUGGACGUUUUUUGCCUGGACAGCAUCAGUUUACCCAGACAGUAUUUUACAUUGUUUGUCCUUGACCUGCCUGUCAGCCUCAUGACUUCUGAUCUUAUUGUUGUCUCCCCCUGGAGGGACUUUCUGAAGGGGCAGCAUGCUUGCCUGGCACAUUGGAGUCAGAUGGAGUGGUUUAGGAUUCUGCACCUGACAUUUUCACGUUACAUGGUUGUCAAUUCUUACCAAAGAAUCUCCACUGUGUCUUCUCCAGUCACGUAG